UAACUCCAACAUUCAGUGUCACAUUUAGCAGCCUGUAGUAUGCACACUAAGCAGUGUUGAUUUCAUCUGGGCUAACCCAUGUGGGGCCUACAUGGAACCCGCGGACAAAACCAGCUGAGACCCAGAAGAGCCCACAACAAACCCAUCUGGACCCAUGUGUCUUUGUUGGCUGGGUACGUGGGGCAAUCGCUGCAGUAACGAUAAAAAGGUGGAAAGAGAAAUCCAAAACAAAAUAUCCGAUCGCCUAUUGACAGGGAUGCACUGCAUCCUUCGUAUCAUGCCGCUCACACUGCUAAGCAUUCAGCAUUCACUUCCCGCAAUGGAGAUAACAGACGAGUCCGAUACAAACAUUGACUGUAUGCAACAGCAAACCUGUACAUACAACAUAAAAGAGCCCAAUGUAGAGCGUUAACUACAUGCAGCAAUAAAGCAACACGUGCUUAAAGCAAACCUACAGGUUCACCUCAGCCCCAGGCAGACCCACCAGCAUCACACGCCAAACAUUCAAAUGACACGCAAAGGAAUACCCAAAGCAAGCCACAUAUACGCACACAAUUCUAACUUGCCCCAAACUGAUUUCCAGGCCAGACUAAUUAUUACUACACAAGCACAACAUCUCUUAUGUGACUUCUCAAGGAAAGAAAACAUACAGAGGAAAAACUAAUGACUCAGAAAGGAACUUAAACAUACUUUUGUCACCAUGCAGUUCAGGGGUUCUGUAGGAGUAAAACUGGUCUGAUAAGGUAAGUUAUAAUGUGUGAGUCAGAAACAGACUCAGUUGAAAUGCCACAACCGGUUUGACUACAUUUAAGUAUGAAUUUUAAAAGGGUUGAUCGUGGGGAUGCUGUGUUGUCUGUUCGGUCUAGUUUGCUGGUCGGAUUGAUUGCGAUUGCAAACAGUGUGGUGACAAGAGUCAAUCACAGAGUUUCUUUGACUACGGGAUCAAACUGAAUCAGGAAGAAACUCUGAAGGGAAGGAAAUCACAGAGAAAUGGCGGAAGCCUAUAAAGACUUGAGGAUCGCAUUACUCGGCCCAGUUGGCUCAGGAAAGAGUUCGGUUGGAAACACCAUCCUGGGCAGAAACUGGUUUAGAGUGAAUUUCUCUCCACGUGCUGUCACUCAAACCUGUGAAACCAAAAAAGGCGCAGUGAAUGACACGACCAUCUCAGUCAUUGACACUCCAGGACUGUUCGGCCCAUCAAGAGGAGCUGAGAUAAAUGAAAUGAUGAACUGUGCUAACAUGUCUUCUCCUGGUGUUAAUGCCUUUCUGCUGGUCAUCAAACUGGGUGUUAGAUUCACAGCGGAGGAGAAGAAUAUUAUGGAACGGAUUCAGCAUUAUUUUGGGGAAGAUGCUGCAUGCUACACCAUCAUUGUGUUCACUCAUACUGACCAACUCAAUGGUGAACUUUUAGAAGAAUAUAUCAGGGCUAGUGCUGAUCUUCAGACACUUAUUUACAGAUGUGGGGGCAGAUAUUGUUCGUUCAAUAAUAUGGACCGAAACAACAGCGAUCAGGUCAACAAGCUGCUGCUGCACAUAGAUAAAAUGGUAGAGAGCAAUGGGGGAUGUCACUUUACCGUUCAGAGAUUUAGAACGGCACAGGCAUCUGGACAAGAGGAAGAGUUCUCUUUUGUAAUAAAAUGUGCAUUGGCAUGUGCCGUACUAAUAGUCCUAGUUGCUUCCUUUUUAUUCAGGGGUAAAGCACAGUAAGGUAUGACUAAAGAAUGAUUCGUAUGAUACAAAAGUUUCUUGCAGUUCAACAUAGCAAUAAGAGAUUGUAAACUUUUGAAUGGGAUAAAAUGUUAUUUUGUCCGAAAUGCAAUAUAAUCAGUCAGGAAAAAUAUGUAUCAAAUUAGUUCAUCUUGACAUCAGUUGCUGGACAUUGCCCUUCUUCCUUCUAUUUAACAAUUCACAGUUCUGAUAAAACAGAAUAAAAACUAAAGCAGCUUUACAACUAUUUUCUAAAAGUGCACUUGCAACUCUUUUCAAUGAGCCUGUUCUCAACGCUGUACCCUUCAGUGCAAUGGUAACCUCUUAAAACUGACAACACAACCAAAACUCUUUUAAAUACUAAGAGAACAAAAUACUAAACAUUAAUCCCACAUAGCAAAUUGUUUUAUGUUUGAGAUUACUGUUUUUAAUAAAGUGCAGCAACAAUUUGCUAUCUUGAUAGCUAUCUGGGACAAGUGUCGUCCUGUUUUAUCUAAAAUAAAUAAUUAUAUAUUUUCCACAUUUACUCUUAUUAACCAGUCCCAUAAGCUGGAAUUUUCUAAGAAGUUCCCAACAAACUUUAUUACAACAUGCUUCAUUCAUGUAACCCAUGUCUAGAUUGAGUUUGAUAAUUGAACAUGAUGAACUCAUUUAUUUUCAGAUGAGGAUCAUGAACGUUCAAACAAGGAUUCAGCGUUCUGGUUAAUGUUACUUUGGUCUCAUGACUCAUGAAUUUAAAUCCACUAUA